ACAUAGCAUAUUGUUCAGUAACAUUAAUGUCAUGUAAUGUUCUAUUAGCCAUGUCCUUCCCUGCUGGUGGACUGGAAUCACAGUAUCAAGCCAACCUCAAGGAUGUGGUACAUAUGCUGCAGCGGAAACAUGGUAACAACUACUUGUUCUUUAAUCUUUCCCGCCGUCGCCAUGACAUCAACAAACUUAACAUGCAGGUUGUCGAUAUCGGUUGGCCCGACCAACUAGCGCCCCCACUGGAGAAACUUUGCAGUAUUUGUAAACAGAUUGAAACUUGGCUAAAGGCUGAUGCAUCACAUGUUGUUGUUAUACACUGCAAGGGAGGACGUGGUCCCAUAGGUGUCGUUGUCUCUGCAUACAUGGGCUAUUUAAAUUUUAGUAACAGUACCGAUACAGCACUAGAUAGAUACGCUAUGAGGCGCUUUCUGGAUGCAAAAACCGGGUCAGCCAUGCACCCUUCCCAGCAUCGCUACAUCGAGUAUUUCUCUGGGUUGUUGACAAGAUCCAUCCAGAUUAAUAACAGCCCACUCUUUCUUCAUUAUGUCUUUAUUCAUGGGGUGCCCAACUUCGACACAGCAGGAGGUUGUAGACCUUUCAUGAGGAUAUACCAAAAUAUGCAGACGGUGUUUACUUCAGGAGUUUAG